AUGGCGAACUCGUGUGCAGCAUUUCUUCAUCCUUCUGCUAUCUGGCAAGCUUUACUUGCCUUUAUUUCUGUGACUGCAGUUCUUGCUGUGGAUGCUGGGGGCCAAGGUCAGUGUCCUCCUUUCUCCUGUGGUGAUCUUCACAACAUAUCCUACCCUUUCCGUAGGCCAGUCGAUCCACCUGAGUGCGGUGUAAAAGCAUACGAGCUGGUCUGUAUUCACGGCAAAUCCACAAUUCGCAUCAACACGGGGACAUAUUUUGUCACCAGCAUCAACUAUACUCAUUCGACCUUCUGGGUUGUGGACGCCAACUUGGAUAUGCACAGCAGCUGCCCUCUUCCUCGCUGGGAUCACCUUCCUUACACUUUUCAGGGAUCGUACUGGACAAGUGGUAAACAUUUCCAUGCCGAUUUGGCCACUAAUGAGGCCUCUUAUUGGGCAUGCUUUGUUAAUUGUUCGCAAGCAGUUACGAUCACGAAUAAUAUCCGGUACAAGCCCGUUACUUGCUUGAGUGGGAGCAGUUCGUUUGUUUAUAUAUAUGUAUGGUGGGGUUGCACAGUCGAUUCUCUUGAACCUUUUUGUGGAUACUUGGCGGAGAUUCCCUUUGGUAGCAAGCUUACAUGGUCGUACGGACGUCUAGAUCUGGAGGGUAAUGCAAGUUAUGCAGAUAUCAUAGAAGUGGUAAAGAAGGGAUUUUCUGUUGGAUUCCCAUUGGAUGGAUAUGAUUAUGACUACCAUAAUUCUUCAUGGGUAUUCAAGACAUGCCUAAAUAAUUUUACCAGGUACUUCCACGAGCAAUUGUCUAGCGGAAGCAUCGUGGGUAUAACGCGUGCUUUCUUUUGGAGUGAUGUAUUUCUUCUAAAGUGCGCAGAGAGUUACAAUGCCACAACUGUUAUUUUAGAUUUCCAUGUGAUAUCCGUAGUGACUGCUGUUAAAAUCACCACGUUACUUGUACUAUUCAGGUUUGUGUUCACAGCACUAGCAGUACAGAUGUUCCUUGCCCACAAGUACUGGAAAACAAUGAUAACAAUUGACGCAGUGGAGAAAUUCCUCCACAUGCAAGAAAUGCUUGGCCCAAAGAGAUAUGCGUACACUGACAUUACUGCAAUCACAAGCCAUCUCAGAGACAAGCUGGGUCAGGGAGGAUAUGGCUCCGUGUACAAAGGUGUGCUACUCCCAGGCAAUGUGCAUGUUGCUGUCAAGAUGUUGGGCAACUCCAAUUGCAAUGGGGAGGACUUCAUCAGUGAAGUCUCCACCAUUGGUAGGAUCCACCACAUCAAUGUGGUUCGUCUUGUGGGCUUCUGUGCAGAGGAGAUGAGGAGGGCACUGAUCUAUGAGUAUAUGUCCAAUGGUUCACUUGAUAAGUACAUAUUCUCGGUCGAGAGAAGUUUCUCUUGGGAUAAGCUCAAUGAGAUUGCUUUGGGCAUUGCAAGGGGAAUCAACUACCUGCAUCAGGGUUGUGAUAUGCAGAUCCUUCACUUUGACAUUAAGCCACACAACAUCCUUCUCGACAGCAACUUUGUCCCUAAAGUUGCAGACUUUGGCCUCGCCAAGUUGUACCCGAGAGACCAGAGCUUUGUGCCAGCGAGCGCCAUGCGGGGAACUAUUGGGUACAUAGCUCCUGAAAUGGUAUCUCGUAGCUUUGGCACCAUCUCAAGCAAAUCUGAUGUGUAUAGCUUUGGUAUGCUACUGCUAGAGAUGGCAGGAGGGCGAAGGAACGCAUACCAAAAUGCAGCCAACUCAAGUCAAGCAUACUACCCAGCCUGGGUCUAUGAUCGUCUAGCCGCACAAGAAGUUGGUGAGAUAUCUGUUGCGUCUGACAUGCAUGAGUUGGAGAGGAAACUGUGCAUCGUUGGGCUACGGUGCAUUCAAAUGAAGCCGCAAGAUCGUCCGACCAUGAGUGAGGUCAUAGAGAUGCUCGAGUGCGGCACUGAUGGCCUGCAAAUGCCUUCUAGGCCAUUCUUCUGUGAUAAUGAUCAUAAUAUGCUUGCUGCAGAUUCUUACCAUUUCUCAUCGGAGCUUACUGAAAUCUCUGAGGAAGAUGAGUGA